GGUGAGUCCACGACAGGCCGAAUCAGCAACCAGCUCUGUCCAGCCCUUUCUGAGCCAAGGACGGGCUGAGGUCGACCGUCAGCUCGCCCCUCUGUCUGAGUCGCUCACGCUCACCCUCUCCCCGUUCUCAGCUGUUCCGUUUUCAGUGGACGGCGGGGUGGCGACCAAAGGUCAGACGGCCCGCGGCACUGGGUGAGCCGCGCGGCCGGACAGCCCGCUCAGUGCGUCCGGGUGCGUCAGACGCGCUGUGGACCGCUCCCGCUGCGCCCGGUCCGUCGGUCCGUCCGGCGCCCAGUCCGACGCGCCCCGCCGCCGCCGCUGCCGGCGCCAUGGCCGGCCUGCUAUCGGGCGCGUGCUCGGCCGCCGCCGCCGCCGUCUCAGUGUGGGCCAACGCGUGCCUGGCGACGUGCUCGCUGCUCGUGUACGGCCGGAUGCCGCGCCGGUUCUACACGCCGGCCGCCGCCGGUGACCGCCUCUGGGCCGCCGCCAGCCACGCGCUCAGCUACGCGGCCGUGCUGGCCGUGGCCGUGCUGGUGGGGGCGGCGUGCGCGGCCCGCGCCCUGCUGCGCCGCGUGGUGCGCGGCGGCCCGGCGCCGCCCCCCGAGCGGCUGCUGCGCGGCCUGCCGCCCAGCCGGUGGCUCGAGCACAGCUCGGUGAAGAUCAGGAACAUCAAGCUGCAUUACGUGUCGGCCGGCCGCAGAUCCAGGCGGCUGGUGCUCUUCUUACACGGCUUCCCCGAGUUCUGGUACUCGUGGAAGGAGCAGCUGAGGGAAUUCGCCAAAACGGAAUGGGUGGUGGCGCUGGACCUGCCGGGCUACGGCGACUCUGACGGACCGCGGCGCUCGGCGCAGUACAGCCCCGACCGGCUGACGCCGCUUCUGCAAGAGUUCAUCGCUUCGCUAGGUCGGCAGCAGUGUGUGCUGGUCGGCAGCGGCCAUGGCGCCCUGCUCGGCUGGCACCUGGUGGCCAGCGCGCCGCACACUUUUACCGACUUCAUAUCCAUCUCGCAGCCGCUGCCGCACAUCACACUCGACGUUUUACACAACUCGCUUCAUCAUAAGGCCAAACAAUGGCGCACCUUCCUGUACCAGCUGCCCUGGCUGCCGGAGCAGCUGAUUGGUACUGGCGACCUGGACGUGCUCACCCACGAGUACGGCGACCUGGUCAAACGCGGCAGGAUGAGCGCCGACGACCUGCGUGCCUACCAGUUCGCCUUCUCCCGAGCCGAGGACUGGCACGGUCCGCUGAACCACCAGCGGUGCCUGUUCGCGGCGGCCAACGGCCGGCCGCCGCCGGGCCGACUGGCGGUGCCCUGUCUGCUGCUGUUCGGCCGCCGAGACGGCUCGCUGCCCGUGGACGCCAUGUACCGCAGCCUGCCGCACCUGCAGCAGGCCGACGUGCGGCUGGUGGACGACGCCGGGCGGCACAUCCACAUCGAGAGGCCCGACCAGGUCAACGACGCCCUCAGGGACUUCAUCGGAGUCUCGUUCCUGGACGACUCCUCUGAAGACGAGGAGGACGGCGACGGCCUGGCGCCGGCGGCCGGCCGCGGACUGGUGGUGCGCGCCCUGGAGGGCGGCCAGGGCUGGCUCGGAGCCGGAGGAGCCAUCUACAACCGCGCCAUGCAGCGGCUCAACAACGCCGCCGCCGUCGGCCAGCUGUACACGCGCAGCGUCAUGAUGCUCAAGGACUGAGGUCGCGCCGACCGCGCCGGGCGGUGCAGCGGGACGGGCAUCACAGGGAUGUAUUUGUUAGCCAGCUCUUCAGGUAAGGAUUCGCUACAGACGGGAGCCGAACAUUAUGUCCGGUACAGAGAAUAGGGCCGCGAUGUGAGAUGUGAUGUGUGGGGGAGCAGGGUGGACCGUCCGGUAGGGCCAUCUAGUCUGGGCCGCGCUGACACAGUAGCACCACCUGUGUAGUUCGGGACGCCCGAGGUCUCUAGCCAGGGUCUCUCCGCGGUCCAAUAUUAGGUACCUGUUUAGUUCGGGACGCCCUAGAGGUCUCUGGCGGGGGUCUCUGCGGACUAAGAUUGGGCCAUCUGUAAGUUAGAGCUGUAGCCAGCGCGGGCCGCCUCCAUUUCCCCGGGUCUCAGUUUAUCCUCGCAGUGUGUGAUAUGGAGGGUUGUGUGUGGCCCGCCCAGCGGGGCCGCUGGGGUGCCUGCACUGCUGAAUGUGACGGUGGGUUAGAAGGUCGCCCGUCGUCCUCACUGAAUUAUAACGGCCAUCGCCGUCACAGAGCUCAUCGGUGUUCUCGUUGCAUAUCCCGUCCCCGCUAUUUUACCGAAAUACUGGUACUCUGUACAGCACCAGUGGUCAUACUCGCCAUUCAUCUGUUAGUGAGUGGUUUUGAAGUUCUUUGGAACGGCUCUCACUGGAAGUUUGUGACGCGCUCAUAUGUGGACUCGUUUAAACGUGCCCGCGACUGCGGUCCCAAAGGAAGUGUUAAUGUUUUAUGGAUAUCAUUUUAUGCCGCUGUUUUUGUCUUUCUCGUGUUUGGUACAGGCGUCUGUUGCACAAACCGUUAUUAUGAUAUCGUAUUAAUGUGUGCUAAAUAUAUACCAUUACAUUUG